GUGGUUUUCUCCAAGAGUGUCUGUAUAUCUGUGUCUGAGCAGAACUGGGAGGAUCAAACCAAACCUGCCUACAUCUGCAGAGACCAGGCAAAGCUGAGGAAACACGCAACAAAAAAUAUAAUGGAGGAGAACAGUGAUGAUACAGCAGCUGGAGGGGAAAGAGAAUAUAAAGCCGGCUGUCUUACAUCACAGACACAUAACAAUGCUGAAUUGGAGGAGAGUGCAGCUAAAGCCAAGUGUGAUCCAAUGAACAAUCUUCAUGAAGCUCAACACCCAGUGAUGUCUGCACUCACACUUGUGUUAAUUGGAGACUCUAAUUCCAUUGAAAUUGGACCAAAAAACAUCUUGAUUGACCAUGACGAGCCGACAAAAGUGGAUCAGUUUUCAUCCAAACUGUAUGAUUUGUGUGGUCGGCACAUCUCUGUCAUUAACAUGCUUGGUUUUCCAAACGUUGACAAAAUCCCAUUAAAUCAGGAAGUUGAUGCCUUUCUCUUGCUGUUACCAAAUAAUGUGCACAGCGGUCAUUACAAAGGAACAAUGCAGUGGUUAGAAAGCAUUUUUGGGACAGCAUUUCUGUCUUAUGUAAUAACAGUUGAGACACGUAAACAAGGUGAAAAAUGUGGAAGUGCACUGACAGUUUUGAAAGCUAAUAGCAGUUUUUCAGAGAAAAGAUACCACACAUGUACAAGAGACAUGAUGAAUGAAAAUGAGAUCACAGCUCUGUUGGAAACAAUAGACGUCAUGGUCUUGGAAAACAAGCAGAGAUACACUAGACUAAUGUGUGAUGAAAGCAAAGACCAGAGAGAAGACCUGGACAACAAACCCGACGACGAAGAACGGGUUGAGACAGGAACAGAAGAGAUGAAGACAGAGAGCCCAGCUGAACCCAAGGAAAAUCAGAGUGAUGAUCACCCAGGAGGAGAAUCUGAAGACAAGCCUGUACCAUCUGAAACAAAGGAGAAAGUGGAAGAGAUGGAGACAAAGAGCACAGCUGAAACCAAGGCAAAAUGUGAUCUACUGAGUGAACCAAAGCAGAGUGAUGAUCACCCAGGAGGAGAGUCUGAAUACAAUCCUGUACCAUCUGAACCAAAGGAGAAAGAUAUAAUGGAGGAGAGCAGUGAUGAUACAGCAGCUGGAGGGGAAGGAGAACAUGAAGCUGAUUCUCUUACAUCACGGACAAAUAACAAUGAUACUCUCAAUUUGGAAAUGUCUGGGAACAAGGACAAGCAGUCAGUGAAUAUUUCAGAAGAGACUGACAGAAAGAAACAACGUCAAAAAGAAACUGAAACACUGCUCAGCAGACUUCAUCUUCAAGACAGAUAUCCACAGAAGUUGUCACCAGCAGACUUUCUUCAAAUAGGUCUCCCUGUGAAACACAGCCAUGACGUCUCUGAGAAAGAUCUAGCUAAUACCUUUCUUCAGAGGUUAAUGAUGUUAGACUACAGGGCCAGAUAUAUUCCUGUUAAACAAGAUAAUCCUGAGUUGGGUUCUUUACAGUCUGUGCCAAUGUCUAACAGUGAUGACACAGAGGACAGUGAUGACUUAGAUGCUCUUUUUAACAAUGAUGUAGACUUUGAUCAGCCAAAACAGUCUCAGGUGCAUCCAAUGGAUGUUCAAAUGGCAGUAUUCCACUGCUCAAACAGCUUUCUAAAGCUGAACUUAAUUACAAAGUUAUCUCAGUGUCAGUACGCUUUACCUUUGCUUGUUCCAGACCCACUCACAAGGGACAUUGAAUGUCCUUUGUGGACAUUCAGACAAAUAAUAAAAACAUGGAAGAUAAAUGAAAUCAAAGCUAACUCAACAACCGUCACCAUGAAGCACAUGCCAAUCUGCAAAGCUGAAACAUCCAUGGUGUCUUUUUUCCGCCUUGGAUCGCUAUCUGUGUCUAAAUCUCAGCUCAUGAACAGUUUGAUCAACGAGCGUCACAACACUUUCUUUCACAGAAACUGCCCAGGAAGCACCAAAUCUUGCCAUUUAAUUGAUGGUAUGGCAGAGAUUGCCUGGUACUUCCCUGCUGCAACAACCGAUGAUUCCUUCACUGAUUGCAUUGCCUUCUGUAAUCUUCGUGGCGAUGCUCUACUGCUUGAAAAACAACGUGAAAUACUGACUGAAAGAUCUUCUGUCAAUGUUGUUCUUGUACCAACUCUGGAAAAAAGCCAGAAAAGUACUGGAGUCAUCUCAGCCCUUUACAAGUUUCAGAAGCCUCUCAUUAUCCUUGUUGCUGAUAGUGAUCGUGGUGCAAUAAAGAUGAAAGAGGGAAAAUACAAAAUGGGCCUGAAAGACAGAAGUCAGUCAGAUGUUUCCGACGAACUAAAAGGCCUUAUUGGAAACAUGUUGUCUGGACCCCACACAACUUUUAAGCUGGAAUCUGUGACCGAGGUCACUGGUAUCAGAGUAGAUGAAGAUGACGAGGUUUGCAAGAAAGGGAAAUCUGCUGCAAUGGACAUGGUUGGUUUGCUUCAGGGGAUGGAUGUUUUGAAGAUCAAAGGCACAUUUCUUCCUUGCCAAGGCCAACUUUGGCAUAAGUGGUGUAGAACUAACAAAGAGCUGUAUCACCUCAAAGGAGACAUUGAGGAAGAGAAAAGUAAAAAGCAACAAGAACUGACACAAAUACGACGGGAUCAAUGCAAGGCUUCCUCCAGUAAACUGAUGAAGUCAUUCACUGAUAGCCUCUUGUCUUUGCCGUCAAAAGACAAAGAGUACUACCUAAAGUGGACUCAGAUCUUAAUAGAUUCCCUCUCCACUGAUGAUCUCUCUUUAAUUCUCCAACGCUAUGAUGAAAAGUGGUCUGAGGUCUUGGAUCUGAAGAAAAAGCGUGACAAAUCUGAUCUGCUAAAAAGCAAACAAAAUGAGCUUGAACAAAUAUCCAACGAACUACAGUCAGUCACCUUCGGCUUGGAACACAUGUUUCGAGAAAUGGGACAGAUCUAUGAAGCUCAUAAGUCUCAGAAAACCCGAACUACCAGUAGACAGAAUAACUGGUCCAAAUACCCUGAGCUGGCUGCAGAUCUGAUGAUAUCGGGACAUCCAAUGGAGCUGAUGGAUGGUGAUGCAGGUCACGUGCCUUUAACAUGGAUCUCUGGUCUUUUAGAUGAAGUCAUCAAGAAACUGAAAGAUCCACAGGAUCCACAGAAAGACCUAAGGGUGUUUGUGUUGUCAGUUUUGGGCGUACAAAGCAGUGGAAAGUCAACCAUGCUAAAUGCCAUGUUUGGUUUGCAGUUUGCCGUAAGUGCUGGCAGGUGUACCAAAGGUGCCUUCAUGCAGCUGGUCAAAGUGUCAGAGGAGAUCAAGAAAGACUUCAAGUUUGACUACAUUCUAGUGGUGGACACUGAAGGACUGCGUGCACAGGAGUUGGCAGGUAAGGCCACUUAUCACCAUGACAACGAACUGGCAACAUUUGUAGUUGGUCUGGGAAACAUGACAUUGAUUAAUAUCUUUGGUGAGAAUCCAGCUGAGAUGCAAGAUGUUCUGCAGAUCAUUGUUCAGGCUUUCAUGAGGAUGAAGAAGGUUAAACUUUCUCCCAGUUGCGUGUUUGUUCACCAGAACGUUACAGAUAUUGCAGCUGCAGAGAGAAACAUGGAUGGGAAGAGACGCCUGCAAGAAAAACUGGACCAGAUGACUCAACUAGCUGCCAAAGAAGAGGUGUGUGAUGUUGAGUGCUUUAGUGACGUCAUUGCAUUUGAUGUGCAAAAAGAUGUGAAAUACUUUGCCCAACUAUGGGAGGGAAGUCCACCAAUGGCUCCUCCAAAUCCAGGUUACAGUAAGAGUGUACAAGAACUGAAGACUAUCAUCCUCUCUAAGGCUUCACAGUCUGAGGGGAUCACUCUCAAACAUUUUAAAACCAAGAUUCAUGACCUGUGGAAUGCCCUCAUGAACGAACACUUUGUUUUCAGUUUCAAAAACACACUGGAAAUUGCAGUGUACAGACAACUUGAGAUCCAGUAUGGGAACUGGACCUGGGCCCUCAGGAGCAACUUGUUGACCAUUGAAAACCAGCUUCAUACCACAAUUGAAAAUGGGAAACUUGACAAGAUUGAGCUCAACUAUCUUUCUAGAGAAAUGAGCACAAAAUAUGAAGAAAUCAAGAAAGAAAUGACAAUCUACUUCAAGGACAGCAGAGACAAAGAAAUGCUGGUUCAGUGGCAAGGCCGAUUUGAAAACAAAAUCAAGGAGUUUCUUGAGGAUGAGGUGAAGGAAGUAAAAAGAAAACUGGAUGAAGUUAUCCAGCAGAAGAAGGCUUGUAAAAAGCUGGAUGAUGAGAAGACAGAGUUUGAGAACAAGCUGCUGCAAAAGAGCAAAGAGCUGGCUCAUCAGUUAAGAGACAAGGCAACAGAUGAAAAGGAACUGAAAAAGGAGUUUGACUCUUUUUGGAGCCACUGGGUUACUGAGUUAACUGCAGAUACAAAACCCAUUGAAGAUAUCGACUUGGAGGAAGACAAAGUGAAAAUACUUGAACAGCUUUCAUUUGAAUGUUGUUUCAUAAAUGAGUCCAAAAGCAGAGGUGAUUACAAAAGGAUACCAAUAAUCGGGAAUUACUUCCAAAAGCCCAGCAAUGAAAACAAAGAAACAAGCAAAAAAAGUUGGAUGAAACGUACAUGGCAGUAUGUCCAACAAAAGACAGGAAUGACCUCAACAACACAAAAAGCAAAGAAUGUUCUUGAGCAUGAAGAACAAGAACGGAUCAGAUCCUUCAUUAAUGAUGUUGAACACCAGUCCCUUAAUGCAAUCAAGACCAAACCGGUAGCAACAAGAGGCUACAGAUCAGCCUACUUGCUAGAAGUGGCUAAAAAUGUUCAAAAUUCAAUGACAGAAUUUGAAUCAGAGAGGACAUAUAAACUAACAAAGAAGUUCACAGUGGAUCUCUUAUUGUAUGUUUUUGACAGGGCAGCGAGUUGGCUGAUAGAGUCUCACAAGACAUACAAAAUGAACAACGAUGCACACACCUACUUGGACAGCAAGAAAGACUAUUAUUACAUCAUUUUCCGAAGCUUCUGCAAAGGAAACUCAUCUGCUGUUGUGUUUGGAGAAUUGAUUUGUGAAAAACUGAAGGUUUCCACUGUGGAAGCUGUCUGUAACAAGACUGCCAUUGAUCUCGCUGAAGAGAUGAGGUGUAAUGUCCCAGCAUUCAGUGGGAACAGGAUGAACUUGGAGAAACAUGUGCUGAAAUCACUUGCAGAGAAAAAAGACUUUGAUGGUUUUAUCACGUACAUCAGACAACCAAGAACACAAGCAGAGACUUUUAUAAAAGAAGAAGUACAGAAAUACAUCUUCACAAAACAGAAAGGUAGAGCACUGACCAUACUCAAGAAAAAUGUGGAUGACAUCAAAAUCCGUGUCAGUAAAGCUUUAUUUACUGCAACAAGUGAAGUACAAGAGAAGGGAGGAAACAUAAACAUGUGGGUCAAGGAAUUUUCCAGUUUCCUGAAAACUGAUCUGACACUCGGUACCAUUUGCUGUCAAAACUUCGGUGACAUAAAGGAGUUUGACUUUCUGAAGGAAGAGAUAGAGAACGGCCUGACAUCCAUCAUGGAGGAGAUGAGCUGCAUCUCACUGGAAAAGAUGAAAGAAUUCAGGUUGCAACCUGAUCAAAUCCUCAUCGAUCAACUGUGCAAGUGUUGCUGGGUAAAGUGUCCAUUCUGUGCAGCUGUUUGCACCAACACCCUGGAAGAUCACGAUCCUGAUGACCACAGCGUCCCUUUUCAUCGAUCCACUGCAGUGAAAGGUUGGCACAAAAGAAACACAAAGAUUAUGAGUAUUGAAUUCUGCACAACAAAGGUUGCAAGUGUUCGACGUUUUUACCAUAGAGAGUCAGAGACCAGCAUUCCUUAUAAAGAGUACCGAACUGCUGGACCAAGAUAUAAAAACUGGAGAAUUACACCUGAUGAAUCGAAGCUGCCAUACUGGAAAUGGUUUGUGUGUCAAUUUCAGGAGCAACUGGAGGACCACUAUGAUUUAAAGUUUGAGGGCCGUGGAGAAAUUCCCAGUGAAUGGAGAAAUUACUCUAGAGAAGAUGCUAUUGAAAGUCUGGAUGAAAUGUUCAAACAGCCAGAAGAAUAGAUUGUGCACCUUGGAAUUAAUGGUCCCAGGAACAUUUCUUAAAUGAUCACUUCAUGGUGACGGUUCAAGAGUAAACACUUUUCUUCAUAUCGAUAAAUAUAGAGUCUGCAUGCAUGACAAAAAAAAAGCCAAAACAUUUCAAGUCUUGUAAAUAAUCUCCGACAUUUAAGAAUUUUAGAAUUAAAAGUUAAUACAUCACUUAUCAUUUACUAUUGAUUGUUCGUCAGGUGUACACAAAUUGGUUUGCUUUGUUUAAACUGAAAUAGAGAAACAAUACAGCAGUGAUUUGAUAAACAGUGAGUCAUUAAAACUAAAUGUCAAUAUUAAAUCACUGUCAUUGACAAAGUUGCUGUAUGAAGAUCUGAGUUUGAAAGCUUGAAUGAAGAAGCAGAAAAUAAUAUAGUGAUUUUUUUUCCUUAUUUGUUAUGAGUUGUAUUAUUGUUGUAUUAUCUCCAUUUUAAGUUGAAACAUGAUGAUAAACAUUACAAACAUGCUGUACACUGCACUAUUUGAAUUAUGUUAAACCUCAUUUCAGUCAUUAUAUCCACACUGAUAAGAGUUUUUGUUGUUUUAUUCAUUUGAAUCUUUCUUUGUUGAACUUUGCUGAAAUCCAGCCUGAAUAUGAAGAAAAUAUAUCUAAAGAACAUUUUCAUUUAUUGAACUAUUCAUUCAGAAAUGUAGAGUUUGAGUUUCCAUGUUAUUGAGUUUAAAUGAAGGAGAAAUAGCAAACAAUACAGUGAUUUUUUUCCUUAUUUGUUAUGAGUUGUGUUGUUGUAUUAUCUCCAUUUUAAGUUGAAACAUGAUGAUAAACAUAACAUGCUGUAUACUGCACUAUUUGAACUGUUAUGUUAACCUCAUUUCAGUUAUUAUAUCCACACUGACAGUUUUUGUUUUAUUCAUUUGAAUCUUUCUUUGUUAAACUUUGCUGAAAUCCAGCCUGAAUAUGAAGAAAUACAGCUGAAGAAUGUUUUCAUUUAUUGAACUAUUCAUUCAAAAAUGUCAAUUUUGAUCUCGCAUGUUAAGUUUUUGAAGAGUGAUAAUAAAAUAACUGCUUCAGAUGCUGAAA